GGCGCGUCAGCUUGAACCCCACCCGACCCCUCAACCAGCUGAAAACCUCUCGAACGCAACAAUAGUUUCGUACAGCAAUAAUAGUGUUUUCUUCUUCUCUUUGAAUAAGAAUUGAAGGCAGUGUAGUGCGGUGUUUAACUCAAACCUUGCAACUGCCAUUAGAACCCCCGGAAACGCAGACCCGGAGCAGUCCUUCGCCAUGCCCGACCUCACGGCCCGCCUGGCGGAGCUGAACCCCUUCAAGCGGGAGGCAGACUUGGACGUCUCGGACUCGGACGAGUUCGGCGAGGAGAUCGACUCGGACACGAUCGCGGGCGGCGGCCACGGCGCCCGCGAGUCAGACAUCACCCGGAACCAGCUUCGCGUGAGCCACGCGCUAAGGACGUUCCUCGUGCGCGAGGGCGUCCUGUCGGAGCGGGGUGCCGGCCUGGCUGACGACGAUGACGAUGAUGAUGACGAUAAUUUCGACCCCGGGCGGCUCACGGCCCCUCUGCGCGCCCUCGUGGACAGGCCCCAUGCAAGCGUCCCUCCUGCCCUGACGGACAGGUCGCACACGCUGCCCGAGUACUUUGUCAGCUCGAGCCACAACACGUACCUGUGCGCGCACCAGCUGUACGGCAAGUCGUCGGCGGCGGCGUACGGGGCCGCCCUCGGCGCGGGGUCGCGGUGCAUCGAGAUCGACGCGUGGGACCAUGAGGACGACGUGGACGAGCCGAGGGUGACGCACGGGUACACGCUCGUCUCGAGCGUGCCGUUCCGCGAGGUGUGCGGGGCCAUUCGCGAUGUUGCGGAUCGGGAGGCCGCCGAGGCGGAGGCCGCGGGGAGGGGCUACCGGCCGGCGCCGAUACUGGUGUCGUUGGAGAAUCACUGCGGGGCGCAUGGGCAGCUGCGGCUCGUGCAGAUCAUGAAGGAGGUGCUGGGCGACCGGCUGCUGAGCAAGGAGGUCAGGGAGAAGGGCCAUCGCGAGCAGGAGGCGGGGUCUGGUGAGCAUGUCCGGCUUGAGGAGCUGGGGUCCAAGGUCGUGGUUAUCGUUGAGUAUCAUCUCCCGAAAGACGAGGGGGACCACGAGGAAUCUAGCAGUCCCGUGCCAUCCGAGGACGAAGAGGAGGAGGAGGAGGAUGAGGAACGGAAGCGCGCCCGCAAGGCCUACAAGGAGAAAGCGAAGAAGGCGGCGUCGAAUGCGGUGAUCGUGCCGGAGCUCGCGGCGCUGGGCAUCUACGCGCAGUCUGUGAAGCCGUGCAACAACACGUGGUUCGACCCGGGCGAGCUUCGGAACGGCCCGCACCACCACCUCAUCAACGUGUCCGAGUCCGGGCUGGCGGCGCACCUUCCCGCCCGGGCCGCCGACAUCGCGCGCCACAACGCGCACCACCUCAUGCGCGUCUUUCCCAAGGGCACGCGCAUCUCGUCGCGCAACCUGCGGCCCGUCCCCUUCUGGGCCGUCGGCGCACAGGUCUGCGCCCUCAACUGGCAGACCUUCGAGUCCGGGAUGCAGCUCAACGAGGCCCUCUUCGCAGGCACCGACGGCUACGUGCUCAAGCCCGCGUCCCUGCGGCCCGGCGGCGCCGACCUGGGUUCUCUAAGCCGACGCCCACGCCGCCGCCGCCGCUUGAGGCUGCGCGUUGCCGGCGCUACAGACGUGCCCGUCCCCGCCGCCCGCGCCGACGAGGCGAGACCGUACCUGACAUGCUCGCUCGUGCAGGCCGCCCCCGCCGCCGGGCGAUUGAAGCGCAAGACGGCGCCGUACAAGCACCACCACUCUCGGCUGGGGGGUUUCCUGCGGCGGGGUGAGAACCCGCGGGCGGCGGACCCGGUGUGGGACGACGCGCUGGAGUGGGAGUUUGAUGCCGAUGAUGAGCUUGUCUUCCUGCGCAUGAUGGUCAAGGAUGAUGUUAGUUUCGCGCGGAACCCCGUGCUUGCGGUCGCGGCUGUGAGGGUCCUGUAUGUGGUUGAUGGUUGGUGCUUCAUUCGCAUGCUGGAUCUCAAGGGGAGAGAGACGAGGUGUAGCUUGCUUGUGAAGUUCGAGGUCGAGGAUGUGGAUGGGUGAUCCGCACAAGUUCUCGCGGUUUGCAGUUUCGGGUCACCUAAUGAUGCCGCCCGAAUGAAUGCCUACCUACCACCUAAUCAUUCGAAGUCCAAUGCUAAUCGGUACCUACUUGCUAUUCAUCCACUUCAGAGACCCCUUCCAGCUCUGCCAUUUGAAAACUUACCAGGUCUACUCGUAAUCUCUUCAUGCCGGCUUUUGCAUACCCUGUACGCCGUAGAAGAGCCGAUCUGAGGCCAUUCACAAGAGACAGAUCGAUCGGGAAAGCCAACCCGGAGAUUGUUGUGGGGCUAAUAUCGACGCUAGGGAAGACCCUUGGCUCGUUUUGGCGUAGCUGCCGUGUCGAUCAAUCACAUUACAUCAUACAUUGGUUGCAAGCUUCCACAC